AUGAGUCAGGAGUAUUUCCCCGGCCAAGGCGCCUCUUCUGCCGGUGAGGGGUCGUCGUCUGGUUAUCGUCCGUCACCGCCGCAGUCGCCCGCCAACGAGGAGUCGUUUCCGAGACCCCCGCCUGCAUACAUGACCGUCGGGAAUGGUGCGACCUCUGAAAGCGCGACCUCUUUGAUGGCUUCCCUGCAUGAGGACUCGGGUUAUGGUGGGAGUAUUACGGGUGGGAGUGUGAUGGGUGGUGGCGAUGCUGGGCUCGACUGGAGGGCGGAUUUGAUGGUCGAUAGACCGACGCCUAUGCGUAGCCCUGCGCAUUUGGGAGAGUGGAAUCCUGCUGCGGAGCAUGAGAAACAGGUUGUCGCGAGCCAUGUUCAUCAAUUAUUAUACAACUCGAACCGGACUAAGCUCGCUCGUGCGAUCUCGCGCACCAUCGAAACCCUCAAGGAACUCCAGGACAUGAACCGUCAAUGGCCCGCCCACUAUCCCUCCGCCCCGAGCGCCCCCGGCUCCCCUGUGCCGAAGCCCGGCUUGCAGAAGAGACAGUCGUACUUCGGAGAUGCGAGCGCUGAGGCGGAGGACUUCCCCCGUCCGGGAUCGAUCCGACGCGCUGCCACAAUGACCGGUGGCGAGGAUUUGGCUGAGUCGAGUGCUGCUGCGGAGCGUCGCGUCCCGUCCGAGCCGAGGUUGAUGAGCCCGCAGAUCGCGCAAGAGUUUUCUAUUCUCAAGUUGGAUUUGAAGCUGGGUGCUCUGUCGCAGGCCGAGCUGGUACACUCGCUGGAGAAGGCAUCGAUCGCUUCGCUGUUGGACGGAAAGAUUAGUCAGAGCAUCAAGCAUCUUUUGUCGCUGCGCGAUCGAAUCGAGGAUACGUCUAGUAAGGUCUUGAUCACUGGUGAUCUCAAUGCAGGAAAGUCGACUUUCUGUAACGCUUUGCUGCGUCGCAAGGUUCUCCCGGAGGAUCAGCAACCAUGCACGAGCAUCUUCUGCGAGGUUCUCGAUGCUCGGGAGAACAGUGGUCUCGAGGAGGUCCAUGCCGUGCACAAGGACAUGCAUUACAACCGCAACGAUGAGAGUACCUAUGAUGUGUAUGGCCUUCAUGAAUUGGAGAACAUCGUCAUUGAUAACUCCAAGUAUAUGCAGUGCAAGGUCUACGUGAAGGACGUGCGGACGAUCGAUGAAUCUCUUCUCAACAACGGCGUCGUGGAUAUUGCUCUGAUCGAUGCUCCUGGUCUGAACUCGGACUCUUUGAAGACGACCGCGGUUUUUGCCCGACAGGAGGAGAUUGACGUUGUCGUUUUUGUGGUUUCCGCUGCAAACCACUUCACUCUUUCGGCAAAGGAAUUCAUUCUUAAUGCUGCUCAUGAGAAAGCCUAUAUGUUUAUUGUUGUCAACGGCUUCGACCAGAUCCGUGACAAGCAGCGUUGUGAGCGCAUGAUCUUGGAUCAGAUUGGCAAGCUCAGCCCUCGCACGUACAAGGAGGCGGCCGAGCUUGUGCACUUUGUUUCGAGCAAUGCUAUCCCACCUAAAGGAAAGGAUAAAGGAAAGGGCAAGGAGAGGCAGAAGAUUCAGGACUUUGAAAACCUGGAGGGCUCUCUGCGGCGAUUUGUCCUGGAAAAGCGCUCCCGCUCGAAGCUUGCCCCGGCCAGGACUUAUCUGUUGAACCUGCUUGCAGACCUCAACUCGUUGGCCUCGGUGAACCGCGAUGUGGCCCAGACCGAGCUCAAGCGUGUUACGGACGAGCUGGCGGAGCUUGAACCGGCAUACGAGGAUGGCAAGAAGAAGAAGGUUGAGAUUGGUGAUCAGGUCGAAAAGCUCGUUGACGAGUCUUGCGACGAUGUCUACAACCACACGCGGUCUACACUGGGUGAAACCAUCGCUCGUGUUUCCGAGGCCGACCUGGGCGUUGAAUACCCGGGUGUCUUUUCCGCAUUCCAGUAUGCUGAGGACCUGAAGGUGGCCAUGUUGGAGCAGAUUGCUGCGUCCGUGACAGACUGCGAGGACUACGCUCGUGACAAGACGGUGAAGGGCGUCGGGUUCAUCCAGAACAUCGGUCUCCUCCACGUCGGAGAGGACAAGUUUGCCCCCUUGAACUUCCGCGCGGAUAUGAUGUUCCGCCGCAGUCGUCGCCACACGCUCGCCAGGCAAGUCCACACGGAAGUGGAACUCUUGGACUUCUUCGACAUCUCCGGUAUCUGGGAGCGGCAAGAGAAGGUGGCCGGUACAGGCAUGGCUAUGACUGCCGUGACUGUCCUUGGAGGCCGCGCCUUUGGUGGAAGCUGGGUGGACAGCGUGUUCAGCGCAGCCAAGUUCCUGGGACCGAACAACCUGCGUCGCCUUUUCAUUCCCGGUGUCAUGGCAGUUGCCGUUUUGACUGCCGCAUGGAUGGUCUCGUCCAUCCCAACGACCCUCCCCCCUCGUCUCUCACGCAAGCUUGCCGCCACCCUCUCUGAGAUGGACUACGUCCACUCCAACGCCACGCGCAUCUCCUCCGAAGUCCGCCGCAUUCUGCGUCUCCCGGCCGGCAACCUCCAAACCAGCCUCGCACAAGACAUCGAAGACCUCGGCCGACGCAAGCACGAAGUCAGCAAGACAAAGCACGAGAGCGAAGCGGCCUGCAAGUACUUCUCGAACUUGUUCCGCGAGAGCGGCGAGAACCGGACAUCCGUGGACAACAUCGACCUCGAUGCACCUCUGCCCGGCGCCCUAGCAGCCCACGCCUAA